ACCUGCAUCCCCAUCGCUUUCAUGCUUGUCGAGGGCCAUAGCGAUUGGGUCAACUCUGUAGCCUUCUCGCACGGCUCGACCCGGCUGGCGUCGGCGUCAUACGACGAGACCGUCAAGGUGUGGGAUGCGAGCAGCGGCGAACGUCUGCAGACCCUCAACGUCGGCAGGCCUCUUAACAGCCUAUCCUUCGAUUCCACCAGCUUGUUUCUUCACACUGAGAUAGGUACCAUCGCCAUAUACAGCUCAAGAAAUUCUAGCGAGGUAGCUAUCGUGGACCUUGAGUGCCCUAUGUAUCUAGGCAUAAGCCACAACUCCAAUCGCACAUGGAUCCAGCAUGAUGGCAGGAACGUGCUGUGAAUACCAUCAGAGUAUCGACCGUCAUGAUCUGCGGCGUGCGGAAGAACGGUUGGUAUAGGCGUUGGGUCUGGCAGAGUCUGGAUCUGCAGCGUUGACCUACAAACACACAUCUGUUGGUAGCAAAAUAUAGACAAGAGCUAGUGUUCUCUCGUGUGCAUUGAUUGUCUAUGACUCUGCUUUUUUGAGACAAACAAGGAUGCACAUAAGCACAUGAUUUGCAUAUCAUCGUAUGGAAGCUUGCAGGGUUUUGAGG